AUGUGGGGUGUCCUUCAUCACUGCUCACAUAAGCAUCACGGCAACUCCACGAAGCACAAGCGAACCAAGAAAAGCAGCAGUAGAGGCCGCAACCAUACUGUCAUCGAUAUUUUCUUCACAGUGGUGUUCGACGUGGCGCCCUUGUGUAUUUCCCCAUCGCCACUCUCCACGCCAUUCUUUUUUGCAGCACUCACAUCACCACCACUGACAGAGGCGUCUAGUGCAGGCAAGGGCAACGUUCCUGGGAUGGAGGAGUUGGCACCCUCGGGCCCAGCAGCACCGCUUGAUGGCACAGUCCACCUGCCCCCGGAACGGCGGGGAAACGUCGACAGCAAGACUGCUCCUCCCCUUGGAGGUGAUAAUGUACACCUCAUGAUACUUUGGGAACAUACAAAGAAACUCAUCCGGAACGAAGCAUCGCGUUAUCUAUAA